AUGCAUAGAAGUUAUCAAUCCAUCCUUCCUACCCACAAUAAAUUUCUUCAAAAGAGGUGGGAUGAUACGUACUACAAUGAACACCGAAGAAAGGUCAGAACAGCACAUUCCAUGGUGGACACAAGAGCUCCACCCACAUACAUGCAUCUCCACUUGAAAUUGAAGAAAUUACAGUUAGAGGAGGAGAGACUAGCAACCAUCGAAAGGGAUAACAGGAUCUUACUAGAAAAGAUGUCCUAUAUAAUGAGGACGAAAGGACGGGUAGAAAAUAGGAAUAAUUACGAAUAUAAAAGUUUAAAUCGUGAGAAACGUCAGCGUGAACUUUUACGUGUGACAAAAGAGAACCAGAGUAUUCUCACACGAAUCACGAGUCGAGAACCAGAAUACAGCGUGCAGCGAUGGAACACGCAGUGGGAAGAUAACCAGAAGUUUAUGGAUAACAUCGCUCAGUUCCCCAAGGAUUGGUGGACAGCACAGCAACAGGAAAAUGGGAGAAAAAGAACAGGCAAGUCGAAAGAAAAAUCAACAGUAUCAAAGAGGGCAGCCUCAUCUCAGUCGAAAUCUGAGGUGAGGAAGUCACCAGAACCUAAAGUUCAAAAGAAGGAGGAGGUCAAAGAGGAGGAAGAGGGAACAAAGAAAGAGGUUCAACAAGAGGAGGAAUAGGCCAAAUCAUCUCAUACUUAUGAUAGUCACUUUAAGGUGAGACCAAGCAGGGAUGAGCAUCCAAUGGAGACCCUACUUGUGUAAUAUACGAGUAGUAGAGAGAAAGCAUUAUUUAUUAAUUAAACAAUAUUUUUGUUUAAUUAAUAAGUUUUUAAAGAUUGAAACUUUUUCCAGAUUAGGACCAACCUGGAUAUUCAUUGAAAAGACAGCAUGUCCUGUUUUGGCGGUCUCAGUCCAUUUAACUGCCAUCUGUAUUCCUCAGUGAUCGUUAUAUUCCUGGUUCUCAUUGAAACAUAAUCAGGACUGUUAUGUUACAUACUGCUAGAUCAGUAUGUGUGUGAGGUUGUUCCGAAUGUGUGCAUAUAGAGUGCAACGUAUGCAUGAUGAUUGUUCACUUUUAGCACAUUUAGUUUGCUGAUUCACCUCUAUCAGAAAUUCGGAAACCGAAAUUUAGGAAUGUAUUUAUGUUCUGAUAUUUGUUUU